AUUGUUCAACAGCUUCUUUCAAGUAAACGUGAUCGGGACACACUGGACGUCCUUCUCUCCAAAGUCACAAGCAAAAGCACGGUCUUGAAACUCAGAGGUACAAAGUGCAAGAAUUCUCUGCUUACUCAAGAGACGAAGUUAAAUCACGACAUAGUGCAUUUUAAAGGUAUCGAAAAAGAAGCACUAACAGUCAGGAAUGACAUGACCACCCAGCAGCAAAACAAGUUUAGCCGUCUGUUACUUAGGAAGCUAAAAAUCAAACAAUUAAAAUCACGUAUAGCAGAAGGCAGAGGUCGUAAACUAAAAUGCGAAGAGUUUCCUGAGUUACCUGUGCUUCUAGAGUUUGCCUUUGGAGAUGGUGAUAGGCUCUGACAUGGUGGGGGAGGGCUGGAGGCUCACUCAAAACUGUACAAUGAGACAAUGUACAAGGCUAGUGACAACAUGACCGUAAUGAGAGAAGCACUGGAUCUUGUAUGUUCCCUAACACCAGAAGAUUUUAAGAUCAGUUUAUCGUGCCUUUACACUUACACGAUGAAUUACAAGCAAAGAACGGCUCGAGCGAAGAGGCAUCACCAUGGA